AUGCUUGCAGCGGCCCUUGCACCACUGGCCAGCGUCAACGCGAGGCUGGCCCUCCCCGUCCAUGCCACCCUGUACCCCUUUCCACUCGCCACAACCCUCCAUGCGCUGCGGGUGGCCAUCGCGUACCGCGCCAUCUGCGCCGCCUUCCUCGCCCGCCGCCGCUCGGAAGCGCGUCACACCCCCGCCGACCUCCACAUCUCCCCCCUGCGCGACGCAGCCGGCUUCCUCAUCAUGGCCUGGGGCGGCGGCUUCAUCUCCAACUACCUCCUCUGUCAGAUCCCCGGUCAACUGCUCACCGUCUGGCCGUGGAUCAACUACCUCUCCGUCUACUUCGUCACCAACUUCCUAGUGAAAGCGGUGGGUGCACCGUCGGCGAAGCUGUUGGAUCUGGCCCUGCCGGUGCUGGACGGCGCCACGAGGACCGCGGCGUGCUAUGGCGGAAUCAACAUGGUUCGCAACCACGCCAAUCCGGCUGCUCGAGGCAGUUUGUUGUUGCAAGUGAUCAUCGGAACGGUGAGCGCCUGCGGUGGAGGGAUCAGCGCGUUCACGCUCAACGUCUUUGAUCCGCUCGGAUGGAGUGUGGGAACACCGCCGUUCUUGAAGGCGAAAAGCCUGGUCGAGUUUACGGAUAUUUUGGCCCCCGCGUUGGCAAGCGCCGUGUUUGGCGUGCUGACGCUCAGCCACCCGGGGUAUGGCGGAGUGUUGGCAUAUGUGCAUGAAGGAAAGAAGGGCGUGCUCAGCCAGGAGAGCGGCAAGGCGGUCAUCAGUCUCGUCAUCGGCACGUGUUUCUUUGUCAGGGCGAUCUGGUUGCAUGUGCUCAUGCCCACACCGAGGGUCGUCGCUAGCAACAGGGCUGUUAGGAGUGCGAGCGCCAAGAAGGCGUAA